AUAUCUAUUCGGUGGUAACAGUUGCCGGGGCCAGAUGUUUCUCACAACAGCUAUCCCGCGAGUUUGUUUUCGAUUUUCUUCCUUGCUUCAUUCAAGAAGAUAAAUAUUAAAAUUAUUGUUGACUCUUUGUAACUUUCGUAUUAUUGCAAAUCAAGGUAUUUCCCAUUAAAUGCGAGAAAGUAGUGAAAUGGAUGCCAUAGAAUUUUGGAUAUGGGAACACGCUACUAAAUAUGGAAUGACCAAAGUGUUGAGAAAGAUUAAAUCUAACUUCUCUCAAGUGGUUGUACCAAACAGCUGGUUGAGUGCCCGAUACCUACAUCAAAUCAAGAAUGAGUGGAGUAAACUGGACAAUCAAAUCUCUCCAAAAGAGCUUAAUGCUUUGAAACAAACUUUGACAAGCACUUUUAAGCACUACAUUAAGGAUUUGAAGCAUGUUAUUAAAAUAUCUGAUUGUAUUAGACUUGAUCUAUGUUGCAAAGCAGCUUUUUUAGUAAUGCGCUCAGCCGAAUCUAAACCUGCAGUGAAAUUACAAGUCACGGAAAAAAUUUUUCCUUGUUGGAAUAUGAUUAUAUGGACAAAAAUGAAAGAAUCUUUUGGUUUGAAGGAUGACUUGAUCAUGGAAGAAAUCAAACAGUUUUAUUUGGAAAUGAGACUGAAAUCAUGUCUUAAAGUGGAUUGUGAAAAAGAAAUAUUGGACCAAUUUAGAGAAAUGAUGAAAAAGCAUUUUCCGUCAUUGAUUUCAUUUAUGCAAAAGAUCAAGCUUAGUAGACUGGAAAGAAUUCAACUGAACAAAAUGAGAUUAGACAAGCAGUUUGAGUUUUUGCGAGUUCGCUUGAAUUGUGGUCUCGUUAACGAGUUGGUGGUUUUGGAUCUACUAGAAGAUGUUCAAAGAAAGAAGGUCAUCGAGUCAGCGUCAAAGUCCUUGAAGGAGGCAAAAUUGUACGAACCAACAACGGACGAUUCCAAAGAGAUAAUACUGUAUACCUUACCUCCGGAUCCUAAAUUUAAAAGCAGUGACAAUCAGUUUUACCCUGCAUGCUUUUUAAACAAUCCAUUUAUGUCAACGCACAUUGCUGUUGACAAUGAUGGGAUUCUCGAGGAGAUGAUAGUUAAUAGAAACAUUCCGCGGAAACCCGAUGGGAAAGAUUUUGGACCACUUUGGUUUUCUGAUACAAGACUUGUCAUAAAAACGGAGAAAAACGAAUUAACUAUCGACCGUGAUUGUCUAAAAGAAACUAAGAAUGUCCCGAUAGCAUUGUCUACUUGCGAUGCAUCAACCUCAGACCAUUCUGUCAAAACUUCAUCGGCUGCAGCUGAUGAUUUUGCGAACAAGAAACAAUUAGAUUCACAUGUAGUCGAAGAAAAAGCUACUAAAUGUGCAGUAGAUCAAGAUAAUUGCACGGAUUUCGUAAAUGGUUAUCUUCAAUUGGUCUCCGAAGUCCCUAUUCCAACUAUCGACACAGAACGUGUGAAUUCCAUUCAAUCUUGGAUUGACAGUAACCCUCCGAAGAGCCCUUCAUCUAUGGAAAACUGUAGUCCCCAGGCCUACAGAAACAGAAAAGAGAAGCUUUCUUUUCCUUCGGAAGUAAUUGAAAACUGUGUAUUGCCGGAACACUCUAAAAUGCCAUUCGAGAAAAUUGUGAGAUCAGAACCAGUUAUCUCGAUAUUGAAUUUUUCUUCUUUAGAAGAAAACUCGAAUUCAGAAGAAAUUUGUUUGAAAUUAAAAUUGGAUGGAAUCUUAAACGAGUACGAGUCUUCUGAACGAUGCAUUCCUCCAUCUGAUGACAUUGAAUAUGUUAGCUCUACGACUGCUUCUACUUCAAGCUGCAGAAGGAUUCAAACUAGAACUCGCUACAAAUAUUUGACGGAAUUAGAAAACCCAAGGAAACGGAAAGAAACUGAAAAGCGUCGAUCGAAUGAAAAUGGUGAUGACUCGAGUUCAUCAAAUUACAGAUUUCAACGUCGUCUUCGAAGCCAAUCUCGCAAUUCAAAUGCAGAACCUUUGUCAGUAAGAACAACUCGCUCAAAGAGGAAAACUCGGAAGUUAUCAACUUCAUCUUCAAGUUCCGGCUAUUCAGCAAGCUCAAAGAAACUUCAACUGGAGGCUCCAGCUCCAAGUCUGAACAAAAGUAUAACUUCGAUAGAUUCAAAAUCUGAAGAAUCAUCCACUGAGCAACAGAAGAUCCGUCUAGCUGGCGGAUGCAGUGGCACGCCACCGCUCGAUGAAGAACUUUCGAAAUAUCAUACUCCUGCUCAACAGAAUUCUAAAUGCUCAGAAGAAGCUGCUUCGGAAUCAAGUGCACCGAGGACAGGGAUCAAACGAAAAUUGUAUGAGGACGAGCAACCGAUUUCCGAUAGUAAACGAGUCCAAGUAAAGGACCUGUCGGUUGGAAAACGGCGUUUAGCCAGUGUUGUCAAAACACUGCAGAUGCAUUCUGAGAAAUUGCGUAUAGUUAAUCCAGUUUUUUCUGAGCAUUGUGAUAAACUCGACUUAUGCCUUCAGCGUGUUUUACGCUCUCACCAUAAACUAAGCAAAAGUGCUAAUGAUAGCGAAGGAUAAGGAUGCAUCUGUAAAACUCUGUUCUAAAUAUGUAUUUCUUUGAAAGCAGCAACUAAGUCGUUCAACAUCCUGUAUUUAAAGAUUUUGAUUUGUUUUUUGGGAUAAUCACGCUGUAAAUUGCUAGCAUUACAACGUACAAAUUGCAGAGGAAUGAUAAAUUUGUUAUCAUACUGUUACCGGACUGUUACCAGAAAAAAAAAAUACAUUUUUGCUGGCAGGAAUAA